ACAUUGUACAUUUUACUUUAUUUUACCUUUCGUUGGAUUCUCGGCGAUGUUAUUUUACUCAUUUUAUAAAGCUUGGAAACUUGAUCCUGGUACUAUCACUGCAACACAUGGAGAGAGAAAAAGAGUAAGUCAAUUGCUUGAUAUCUCCACGUUUACCAAAAAUUGCUUUCACAAUCGACAGUCCUUUGCCAACCAUUGUAUUUUUUUUUUGGGGGGGGGGAGGAGGUACCCUUCCAGGUUAUAUAGGGGGCAAUAGAGACCUUACGAUUUACGACGGCAACGACUACCAAUACAAUAAAUCAUUGAAAGGAAUUGAGUAAUUAAAAUAUAUGAAUAAUUUAGUCAUUGUCCUCGCUCUGCAUGUUUACAACGCCAAAUCACAUAUUUUCACGUCUUCAUACAACGGCUGCAUUUCAAGCCGCAACAAGUGCAACUUCAAACUGCGUUCAGCAGAAUUCUUUCCAACCAUAAAACCCAUGUCUUCAACUUCGAAGACUGUAUUGAUAAUAUAUACGACGAAUUAUCUUCACUACCAUUUAUUUGAAAGAGUUUGUUUUGGCUGUCGUCGUCGCAUUGCCGUCCUAAAAUCGUAAGGUCUCUAUUAACGGCAACGGCAGCCAAAACAAACUUCUCGAAAGAAAUGAUUGUUCACAAAAGUUGUUGUGAAUUUUCCACUGUGUGAAUUUAUUACUUUACGAUAAGGUUAAAAUAAAGGUUUUACGGUUGAAAACAUAUAUGAGUUGGGCAAAUUUGUGGUAUCAAUUGUCGCGCUUUGAAACAUGUACGAGAGACGCGAUGUACAAGAGACGUGAAAAUCUCAUGUUUGCUGUUAUAAUUGACAGCGUCUUUAUAACACUGGUGCAUGGAGCUUUUAAUUAUUCAUGUAUUUUUUUAAUUAUUCAUUGUCGCGUUGCCGCCCUGCUUGCUUAAAUUAAGGUCCCUACUAUUAGGGCGCUCAAGCUUGGAUGACGCCAGCGCAAGGAGGACGGCCGGCUAUCAACACAUCGAAACUCAUCAUACGUCUCCAAAUAUAAAUGAAACAUUAAAAGUCGUACGUCAUUAUUCAGUGUUGUUGAUUGUUUUCAAUUACUGCGCUUUCCUCAUUCGAUUAUACCCAUCAUUAUUCUCUCUUGUUAGAUUAUCGUAAAUCUUGCAGAAGAUGGUUCUUUGGACUUCAAAAGUUUUUGUCCAACUUGCCUUGUAAGUAAACAUACGCGAUUUUUACUCUUUCUACAAUUUUUUAAUGUACGUAAAAAAUUUACUAUGUUCUGAUUGGAUAAGAGCAGUGCAAUUAUUUUUGAAAUCGCCAGUAACAAAUCCAGAGCAGAGUCUGGAAACGAGGCAGGAAAACUAAUUUAGGAACAGUAGACAUCAAAGGUAAACGUGUAUCGACGGAGAGACAAAUUAAACAAAGCAAUGUUUGGUUUAGGAGAUUAUAGUGAAUCAGGGUUUAUAGCACAUGAAUACUCCAUAACAUCUAGUGAUUUUUUUCAAAUUGAUUUUAUUAUCGAUUGUUGUGAAAAUUAUUUACCUUCAUCAGUUACGUCAUUCUCGUACCCAGAGCCCUUCUUACGCGCUGCGACGAUGGGCUCUGGCCAAAUCCAAAACCGGAUACCAUAAAAACAUGGUAAAAGAAUAUAUCCGGUAUUAGAACAAUAACCUUCGUUGUAGCCAAUCAGAUGCCAGUUACAAUGGAUUUGGCCGGAGCCCCUCGUCGCACCGCGCGUAAGAAGGGCUCUGGUACGAGAAUGCAAUUACGCUCAUUCGGACCUGGCGUUAAGUGUCCGCGGCCCCUUAGGCUUAGUAAAGGUGUCCGCUGAAUAGGAGUAAUGAUAAUAUGAUUUUAUUAAACAGAUCAUUGGGUCGGGAGGUAUGUUAAGACAGGUAUUCGCAGAGGUUCAACUGUAUGAAAGUUUGGACGUAGUUUUUAGCGCAUGUUAAGUUAAAAACUCCUCGUAAUACAUAUAUACUCUUUGCGACUGGAGAGCAUAUAUAGGGAGCCGUGGGAUUUGUAAACAAAGGAGUAAUGUAAACCGCAACUUUCUUGUUGCCCUCCAGAUAUUGUUAUGCAAAGUUUUUUUUGGCCGGCGUUAAAGACCUUUUUACCUUCACGUUCUGCAACCAUGUCUUUUCACCAUCCAGUUUUCUUUAUUGAUCAGUGGUAAUUUAUUUCUAAGACUGAUUAGUAAAGUUUCUCUCUUAGUUCAGCCUGACUAACUGCGUAAUUCAUUUGUUUAGGUAAGGCGUCCAAUCCGUUCUAAACACUGUUCUAUCUGUGAUUGCUGUGUGGCUCGUAUGGAUCAUCAUUGUCCUUGGGUUGAUAACUGUAUAGGUAAGAUAGAAAGUGAGUUGUACUAAUGGUUAAAACAUAGUGACCAAAUACCAGCAUAAUUUUUGUGGCUAUCUUUCCUGCAUUGUUCAUGGCUGUAAUUCCUCCAUCGGAAAUUUGGCAUCAGCAGUAGUUUUCACACGCCAGGACGACAAUUGUAUACAACAAAUCGCAGCGUGUGAACGCACCUUGAACUCUUGACGGACGAAACGUCGAGGUGUCUUUAAUCUUUUUCAGAUAGUGUUGUUACACCGCGACAGUUUCUAAUUUCUUGUUUUAUUUGUUUCCAGGAGUGGAUAAUCACGCAUCAUUUAUGAUCUAUCUGUUCUCUGUGAUUGUCUGCUAUACCUAUGUUGUGUAUGGAGCAUUUUGCUGUAAGUAUAUGUUAUUUAUUGAACGUUCUCUGACUUAAUAUUUAUUUCUACGAGCUUUCGGCUAUCAGUCUAUAGCCUUCGACGGGUGUAUACAAAUGAUUCUAUAAAGGACGCUAAACUUAAGUAGGUGGUAUGAAAUCUGAGACUAUCUAAUAAUGCUAUGUUAUAAAUGGGUAAUAUGAAUAUUUAAUUAAUUAAUGUUUCUUGAGUUCCUUUCUUAAAAGUAUUGUGUAUUGUGCUGGAAGCGUAUUAGAGUUAUUAUCAGCUGCGUCUGUUAGUGCAGUGUGCCAGGACUCUAAGGUUUUAAGGUUUCUAUGAUUUCCCUUGUCUAUCACUUUAGCAUUGGCAAAGUCAAUUACAUGAUCUUGAGUCCAUGCGUGUUUUGCAACAUUUGAUCCCUUCUUGCUGUGUUUUACAUUCCUUACGUGUUCAGACUUUCUCGUCUUCAGGGACCUUCCUGUUUCGCCUAUGUAGCUCCAACUACAAUCUUGACACGGUAUUUGGUAGACCACGUUCUUUUGCUCUUCAAUUGGUGGUUUCUGAGACUUCCUGACAGAACUCAACUCGACAUUGACGACAUCAUUCGACUUUUAUAUUUUGGUUUAUCUAAUAGUUUUUUCGUUUAUAACAACACCACCUACAAACAAAUUCAUGGAUGUGCCAUGGGCAGCCCUGUUAGCGCAACUGUUGCUAACUUGUGCAUGGAAGUGAUCGAAGAACAGGCCAUCCGAGACGCAACUUCACCACCUAAAGUUUGGAAACGUUUUGUAGAGGAUUGUUUUUCCAUAAUAAAAAAGACUAACAUAUCAUCUUUUCAUGACACAUUAAACUCCAUUGACCCACACAUUAACUUCACUAUUGAAAACGAAAAGGACGAAAAGAUCGCUUUCCUUGACACAUUAAUUUCUAGAAGGGAGGGCUUAAUUUCUAUUGACGUUUACCGCAAACCCACUCACACAGACCGUUACUUAAACUACUUAUCACACCACGACCAAAAACAUAAAAUUAGUACUGCAACAACACUUAUCAACCGAUCCAUGUCACUUCCUACCACUGACGAAAACAAAGAAAGAGAACUAAAUCAUGUAACCACAGUUCUGGCAUCAAAUGGCUAUCCAAAGAAAUUAAUUUCAGGAUUGAUAAAAAAACGUAAGAACAAAACUGUAGUAAGCCCUGAAGAGUUAGUCCGGUCAUUUUUCGAAUUAGUCGAAGGAAAGUCGCCACCUGCAGGAAUCGCGGUUCUACCUUACAUCAAAGGACUAACCGAACCCCUAGCCAGAACACUCCAAAAACAUGACAUCAAGGUUUACAAUAAGCCAGUGAAAACCCUCGAAUGCCAGUUUCCAUCUGCAAAACAGAAACCACCAAUUGAAGAGCAAAAGAACGUGGUCUACCAAAUACCGUGUCAAGAUUGUAGUUGGAGCUACAUAGGCGAAACAGGAAGGUCCCUGAAGACGAGAAAGUCUGAACACGUAAGGAAUGUAAAACAAGGCAAGAAGGGAUCAAAUGUUGCAAAACACGCAUGGACUCAAGAUCAUGUAAUUGACUUUGCCAAUGCUAAAGUGAUAGACAAGGGAAAUCAUAGAAACCUUAAAACCUUAGAGUCCUGGCACACUGCACUAACAGACGAAGCUGAUAAUAACUCUAAUAAGCUUCCAGCACAAUACACAAUACUUUUAAGAAAGGAAGUCAAGAAACAUUAAUUAAUUAAAUAUUCAUAUUACCCAUUGAUAACAUAGCAUAGAUAGUCUCAGAUUUCAUACCACCUUCUUAAGUUUAGCGUCCUUUAUAGAAUCAUUUGUAUACACCCGUCGAAGGCUAUAGACUGAUAGCCGAAAGCUCGUAGAAAUAAAUAUUAAGUCAGAGAACGUUCAAUAAAUAAUGUUUCAACCUGGCUACGCAUCCUCUAUUUUUUCAGUAAGUAUAUGUAUUGGAUUUCCGGUCGUACGCUGCGAGCUCGCAUCUAAAGCAGGUUCAUUGCAUUCUUGCAUGUUUUGGGCGUAUUGCAUUCGUUGUUGAUUGUUGUGAUAUUUCGUUUUUAUUUGAAAUCAUCAUCAGACAAACUCAUUCUCGUCUUGUUUUGAUUCAUGUCUUGAGUUUGAAGAUGUUAAUCUCUGGAUUGUGUUUUGUCUCAUGAUUUUUGAAAUUGUCGGCUGCUAUUGGUUUUAUGUCCUGAUAUAAGAGAGCUUCAGAUUUGACUCAUCAUUUUGUAUAGGUAAUAGCAUGGUUUCGAGUGCAAUUUGGAUAUAACAUGCACGAGUGAGUUUUUCAAAGACCUCAAAAUAGCACGAGUGCUAUUUGAGGUCUUUGAAAAACUCACGAGUACAUGUUUAUCCAAAUUUCACGAGAAACCAUGCUAUUACUUAUUAAUAAUUUACAUAAGAAAUAAAAAUGUUCGAGACAAUUGUAGUUUUAACUUACGUUUAUAGCGAACAUUCCACUGACAAAGUUUUCCUGGCUUUGUUAUAUCGCAUUAUACAACGCUAACAGCUUGAAAAUUCCACACAACAGUGUAAGUUUUGUUAGUCUUGUUUAAGGUAAAGGCUUUUCCAUUUAAAACUAAAGAUAAAAGCCAUAUUUUCCACGCGAAGUCAACUUUUACUUUAUGUAGCGCCGCGCCAUGUUUGUUUUGUUUUGAAGCAAUCUGUGACCGUUACUUCUUUAAACUAAACUGCUUUAAACUGAUUGGUUGAUUUUAUCAUCACAAUGUUUUUCCACCAAUCAGAUCAGUUUGUUACAGAUUUUUGCACUGUUGUUACAGAUUUGUGCACUGUUGUUACAGAUUUGUGCACUGUUACAGAUUUUUGCACUGCUGUUUGUGAUUAACUGCACUGAAAUC